CUUAAUUCUUAAAGGAUCGCGACACCCCUUCUCCCCUUUAAACCCGAGUCCCUCUUCCCCCUCAACAAGACAAAAUUUAUCUCCUCUUCUUCAAUAAUCACCGAAGGCAGGAAACCAAGAGGAUUUGGUUGGGCAAUUACUUGAGAAAUUGUGGUGGAACCCGUAAACCCCCUUUUGCAUGUCAUGAAUUGGUCUCAUAUUUGUGUUGAAUCAGCUGGGUCUCUCCGAUAGUUCUAGGGUUACAGAUUUGGAGUCAUAGAGAGAAAGAGAAAUGGCAAAUCAAGGUGCGAAGAAGCGAAAGGAAGAGAACGCUCGGCACAUGGCGAACCUGCGCCGCCUCAUCAUCGCCUGCAAUGUUAUCUAUGUGUUAGUGAAGAUGGUGAUCUUCCAUUCGAGUUUCACCUGGAAGCAUUGGGUUGGUCUGGUUCUCACAUCUGUGGCUUAUGCGAUUCCCUAUAAACAACUUGCCAACAUGGCUCAACCGGAUUAUGCUGAUGAUGGGGAUCUUCUGGAUGGUGGGUUUGAUAUGAGUACUGGUGGAGUUUGUGGCUAUUUACAUGAUGUAAUUUACAUUACAUGCUUCGUGCAAGUCAUGUCCAUCAUCUCUGGAAAAUUUUGGUACACAUACCUUGCGAUACCGGGAUUUGGAUUGUAUAAAUCUUAUGGUUUCUUAAGAGGAUUUUUGCCACAAGGUUCACAGGGGGACACGGAGGAUGAAAAGACUCGCAAGAAGAGGGAAAAGUUGGAGAAGAAGGCGUCUAGGGCCAAGUUUGUCAAGACAAGAACUAGGUAGCUACUGUUGACAUGUGUAAACUAGUUAUUGGGUAAAAUGAGUGCCCCAUAACUCCAAGUCUGCUCCUCCUAUCAAGACAAGGCUGCACUAAAAUUUAUAGUACCAACUACCAAGUAGAAGUUGCACUAUCUGGUCCUAAUUUUAGUUAUGUUCUUUGCGCAGUGGAAGAAAAAAAAGAAAAGAGUAAUGUUACACAUAGAACUCCUUUUCAACUUUUGACAUGUGUGCAUUUGUGAUUGGAGCCACGAUACUCAUUAAGAAAGAAAAUUUUAACACCCUUCAAUUA